AGAGUGUUUAAACCCAGACUCUUGUGUGUUCCAGGCUGCAGACGGCAGGGAUUCCGAGUCCAGAACCGGUGCUGCUCAGGAGUCACGUUCUGUUGAUGGGCUUCAUUGGAAAAGACAACAUACCAGCUCCGCUGCUGAAGAACGCGGUGCUGUCAGAGUCCAAGGCCCGGGAACUGUAUGUUCAGGUGGUCCAGAACAUGAGGAAGAUGUUCCAGGAGGCCCGACUGGUGCACGCCGACCUCAGCGAGUUCAACAUGUUGUACCACGGCGGGGACGCCUACUUCAUAGACGUGUCGCAGUCGGUGGAACACGACCACCCUCAUGCUCUGGAGUUCCUCAGGAAGGACUGCAGCAACGUAAACGAUUUCUUCGUGAAGCACGGAGUGGCGGUCAUGACGGUCCGGGAGCUGUUUGACUUUGUCACCGACCCGUCCAUUACCAGCAGGAACAUGGAGCAGUACCUGGACAAGGCCAUGGUGAUCGCAGCCGAGCGGACGGCGGAGGAGAGAUCGGAUCAGGACCGCGUGGACGAGGAGGUGUUCAAGAAGGCCUACAUCCCUCGCACGCUGACCGAGGUGAGCCACUACGAGCGCGACGUGGAGCUGAUGAGGUCCAAGGAGGAGGAGUCAGCCAUCAGCGGUCACCAUGACAACGUUCUGUACCAGACGCUAACGGGUCUGAAGAAGGACCUCUCUGGAGUCCAGACGGUUCCCGCACUGCUGGAGGAGGACUGCUCUUCAUCAGAGGAGGAGGAGGAUGACGAGGAGGAGGAGGAUGAGGAGGAGGAAGAUAAAGAGGGAGGCCAAAUGGACAAGAAGGAGAGGAAGAGGAUGGUGAAGGAAGCUCAGAGGGAGAAGAGGAAGAGUAAAGUCCCCAAACACGUGAAGAAGAGGAAGGAGAGGGUGGCCAAGAUGAAGAAGGGACGGUGACCUGAUGAAGAACGCCGUCACAGCCUUCUGGUUCUGAUCCAGAACAACUUCUGUUCUUAAAGUUCUGCUCAAUAAACGGACCCAAUCCCCCCCAGCUGUGUGAGAUGUUUGACCCGCACAGCCACCGUACCGUCCGCCAGGGCGGGACUCACCCAGUCGGUCCUGACAGGACCAGUUUGGACUCAGUGGGAACUGGGGCGCGGUGACAUCAUCACAUCCACAACUGGUCUGACUGGAAUCAAUCAGGAAGAUUCACAGGAAGUUAGAUUAAAGUUUAGAUUUAGUCUUCAGGACCAGAACUAUUAUUAGUCUUAGUCCCAUUUUAGUCAUUAUGACAUGUGAUCGUUUUAAUCGGUUUUAUCUGCCUAAAACUGGUUUUAGGCAGUUUUAUAGUUUUAUGUUGCAAUAAAAAGUGAACCUUUAUAAUUUGGAAUAACAAGCAGAUUCUUUCCCAGACUGACAGCUCUAUCCUAGAUGCUACAAUAUCUGGGUAUAGAAUGCUGCCCUGCAGAUCAUCAUUGAUGUUGGACAGAACUUUGAUUUAUAGAAUUCAA